AGCCAAUGAGCAAAGAGUACCGGGAAAUACAGCAGUGGACCUGCACCGGCUGAUGCUUGUGCUGCUUCCAGUGUGGGAACAAUGUUCCCUUUUCCUCUCUGUCUAAUCUGACGACACCUCGGCAGCAAGUGUCGCGUGCGAGCGGCUCUGGGAAUCUGGCAGGUGAAUCCGGGAGCUCGUCUUUUGAGCGUGGAAUGAAGUGAGAUCCUCCUUUUUGUUCGUUUUAGGGGAAUAUCUGAGCCUGUUCUCUGCUUCUCCACCUCUUGGUUAGGAAGCAGCAAACCUCUCUUCAAGGGACGCUGCUCCUAGUCUUGGACCAUGAAGUUCAACCUGUUCCGGAGGCCCCAGGCCGUGGCGGCCGCCGAGCCCACCGGCGUCACCACCGUGACCAUGGCCCCCACUCCAGCCGCGGUCUCCACCGCGGUGCCGGACACCUCCGGCUCCAACAACACGGAGAUCAGCAAGAACGACGUGUUCGAGGAAAUCAAGAGCAAAUUCCUGAACGAAAUCGAUAAAAUCCCGCUGCCUCCGUGGGCUCUGAUCGCCAUCGCCGUGGUGGCCGCGCUGCUCAUCCUCACCUGCUGCUUCUGCAUAAUCAAGAAGUGCUGCUGCAAAAAGAAGAAGAACAAGAAGGGGAAGAAGGGCAAGGACGGCUUCAACAUGAAGAACAUGCAGGGCGGCGAGAAACACCAGGACGACGAAGACGACGAGGGUGAGACGGGGCUGACGGAGGAGGAGAAGGAGGAGGAGGAGAAGGAGCAGGAGAAGCUGGGGAAGCUGCAGUACUCCAUAGAUUACGACUUUGAGAACACAAAGCUCACGAUCGGCAUCCUUCAAGCCGCCGACCUCAUGUCCAUGGACUCGGGCGGAACCUCGGACCCUUACGUUCGCGUCUUGCUGCUGCCGGACAAGAAGAAGAAGUUUGACACCAAAGUGCAUAAGAAGACACUCAACCCUGUCUUCAACGAGACCUUUGUAUUCAAGGUGCCCUAUGAGGAGCUUGGUGGGAAGACCUUGGUCAUGUCUGUUUACGACUACGACCGAUUUUCCAAACACGACGUCAUCGGAGAGGUGAAGAUUCCCAUGAACACCAUCGACCUUGGACGGCCGAUUGAAGAGUGGAAGGAUCUGGAGAGCGCAGAUCAAGAGGAGCCGGAGAAACUCGGAGACAUCUGCAUCUCCCUUCGUUACGUCCCCACCGCCGGAAAACUCACCGUCUGCAUCCUGGAGGCAAAGAAUCUGAAGAAGAUGGACGCUUGUGGCUUAUCUGAUCCCUAUGUGAAGAUCCAGCUCCUGCAGGGCGGCAAACGUCUCAAGAAAAAGAAGACCACAGUGAAGAAGAACACCUUAAACCCAUAUUAUAACGAGUCCUUCAGUUUCGAAAUCCCCCUGGAACAGAUGCAGAAAAUCUUGGUGGUAGUCACGGUGUUCGAUUACGACAAGAUCGGCAAGAACGACGCCAUCGGGAAGAUCUUCGUGGGCAGCAAGGCGACGGGCCUGGGUCUGAAGCACUGGUCGGACAUGCUGGCCAACCCCCGUCGACCCAUCGCCCAGUGGCACGCGCUGCAGCCCGAGGAGGACAUCGACGGCCAGCUGGCGGCGCUGGCCGCCAAGAAGUAGCCCGCUCCACCCGGCAGCUAAUGCACUAACUCACAACCCAACCCCGACCCCCUACUUUGCAUGAAACCCGUGACAUAACGCGCGACCACUGGUCACGAACCCGCUCAGCAAAAAAUAGACCUCCUAGAAUAUCUGCUCCUUCGUGGCUAAGUGGAAAUAGACUCUUUUACGCAUUGCAUUUCACUCGGUGUAUGCUGGGAAGAGUGGCGUUGAGUUAGUGGGUGACUGGCUCAUGAAUGACUGACUUCUGGUCUUUCUUUCAUUCAAAGACACACAGAAACCGAUUGCUAGGGUGCUGGCACUGAAUGAAAGCUGGAUGAGAAGCUUUAGUUUAGUUUAGGGCAUGCUUUAGUUACCUCCUCACUGCUCUGCACACACCGCGCCCAGUCAGUAGCUUGCUAAUCAGUGUGCUAGAACUUAGCGCUAGGAAGCACUGGGUCACUGCAUAGACACCUGAAGGGGAAUGAGCAGCGAUCCACGUUGUCAUGGUUUUAUCAGGAAGUGACAGCAGGACGCGGCGCGGAUGAUCUGCGGUUGCGUCGUGUUUCCGUGAAGGUCCAGUCCCAUCUAUGCAUUUAGGUUCAGCCGAUACCAAUACGUCAUCAAUACAAGGGUGCCUUUCCUGAUACGAAAGAAGCUUGGGCGUAGACGUAGUCAGGGACACUGUGAAUGUGGCAUCUGAAGUCUGUGUUGACCACUUGGAUGUGAAACCCUACUCCUCCGUGGGCCGAACCUGGAAGGCUGAUCAACAGCUGUGACUCUAGUUCUUCAGUUCUGUUCAGUAAGUGAUUUAGUUUCCAUUCAGCUGCUUACAUGUGUUUCUUUGGAUGAUGCUGCUGUUUGUACGACACGCAGAGGUUUGCCUCAGCAAUUCAACAAUUGUCUCCGAAACAACGCAAGGAUUUCCGUGAAGGACACUUUUAUAUAGAGGACUGACUCUGAAAUGUAAGACGUCCUGUAGCUGCACUUUUUCAGUGCUCGCAACGUGGCACGUUCUGACUAAUACUUGUAACGCACACAUAUCCAGGAACAUCUGCUUGAACCAAAUAGAGCUGCAGAGUUGAGCAUGUAUCAUGCCUCGCAGUAUUCCCCUGUCGUCUGGACCCCCACCCAUCAGCCACCAGCCAAAGUGUCGCCUCAUUAGUGUUCAGCUCAUCUCAGACUUACUGUGUUAGUGUGGUGUGCAGAGUUACGAGGGCGUCCGGGUCUUUCAGGCAACUGAGCGCUUUUUUGGGAAACAGAAGCUUUUCAACAUUCAUGCGACGCAUUCAAACAGCUCAAUAAUCAGCUCGGAGGCCGAAAUAGAAAAUUAAAAAAAAAACAUUUUUAAAAUUCAAAGUGAGACCAAAAACCAAGACACAAAAAAUAGAACAUCCAGGCUGAUAAUUAGAUACUGAUGCUAAACGAAAUUAUAUAAAAUAAUUUAGUUUAUACGUUGACAUAUAGUCAAAUUGUUGUAUAUGUAGUGUCACAAAAAUGACAAGUUCCUCCCCUAAAUAAACAACCAAACCAUUCUCGUCUGAUACAUGAAGGAGAGGUGAACAUGAAAGGCUGCGGUUUCGCCUGCUGCGCUUCAACCAUCUCUUUGAAGAUUAGAUGAGCAGUUGCUUCUGAAAUUCUAACGCAAACAGGCUUCCAUGGCCAGAAACGGAUGGCCUGUAGCGCGGGGACGUGAGCGGGCGGGGACGGGUCCUUCCACAGUACAGUCCUGCCUCUACUCCUGCAACGACGCAUCGCGCUUCUCUGUUCAUAGGCUCCAGCAUGUAUUUACCAGAUGAUGUAAAUAGCAGCAUGUUUAAAGAGGAACCAUAACUAUAUUGUGUAUGUGUGUUUGUGUUCUGUGUCAUUUUUGAUAAUAAAGCUGAGUGAAAACCGCC